GUUGGUACUCUUGAGGUAUAGUAACUUUGCUCUAUAUUUUUGCGGGAAAAGUUAAGCAUCAGGUGUCAGCCUUCUUGUUGAUUCAAGCGCAGAACUGCAAAAUGGUCCGAACGCGAGCCUCGAACGCAGCGAGCAAAGCUGUUGCUGCUAAGGCGCCGAGGAAGGUAGCGCCGGCACCAGCGCCUGCAAAGAAAAGUAAAAGCAAAGGUUCAAAAAGUGGCAGUGGUAGACUUCCUCCAAUAACAAAACAACCAAUACCUGGUUGGCAGCGAAGUGUAGGUACUUUUUUCAAAAGUGAUGAGCCAUCCUCUUCAAAGGAUCUAGAUCCUGCAACUGAGGAAAUGAUGGAUGAAAAUACAGCAAAUGGGAGUGAGCAUUCCGAAGAAGAAACUGAUGGAGCUGAGGAGAGGUCACAAGCAGAAAAUGAAGAGGAAGAAGCAGAAAAUGGAAAAGACGAAGAGAAGGAAGCAGAGAAUGGAAAAGAUGAGGAAGAUGAUUAAUGCCAUGAAUUUGGGGAGUGGAUUACACUUCCCGAGAGACCAACCUAAUGACGAAGACUGUUAGUUUUAUUGCAGAAGAAUUAAAUUAGAAAUAAUCAUAUUUUAGUUAUAUAUCAAUAUUAUUUUUGUAUUUUGAGAAAGAAGAAUUACGAUCUGAUGUAUGUUAUCCAGAGUACAGUAUCAAUUUGUGUAGAUUUAUAAUGAAGAAACUGAUAGUACCUGGCAAGGCAUUUUUUGCUUUUAGAACCAACUGUAAUGGUACCUGUGCCCAUCAAACCCUCUCUCUCUCUCUCUCUCUCUCUCUCUCUCUCUCUCUCUCUCUCUCUCUCUCUCUCUCUCUCACCCCCCCCUUCCCGUCAUUGCCUCUCAUAUUUAGUAAAAUUAUAUCUCACUAUUUCAUUGUUCAUUUGUGUAAUCAUGGGUAUAUUGCAAUAAAGAAAGUAUUAAUUUUA